CCGCGCCCCCAGCUGGGCGGUGAGCAGAGCCAAGAUGGCGGCGGAGUUGGAGUACGAGUCUGUUCUGUGUGUGAAGCCCGACGUCAGCGUCUACCGGAUUCCGCCCCGGGCCUCCAACCGCGGUUACAGGGCAUCUGACUGGAAAUUAGAUCAACCUGAUUGGACUGGUCGUCUCCGAAUCACUUCAAAAGGGAAGAUUGCUUAUAUCAAACUUGAGGAUAAAGUUUCAGGGGAGCUCUUUGCUCAAGCACCAGUAGAACAAUAUCCUGGUAUUGCUGUGGAGACAGUGACAGAUUCCAGCCGCUACUUUGUCAUCCGGAUCCAGGAUGGUACUGGGCGUAGUGCUUUCAUUGGCAUUGGCUUCUCAGAUCGGGGUGAUGCCUUUGACUUUAAUGUCUCUUUGCAAGAUCACUUCAAGUGGGUAAAGCAGGAAUCUGAGAUUUCCAAAGAAUCUCAGGAAAUGGAUAAUCGUCCCAAGUUGGAUCUGGGCUUCAAGGAGGGGCAGACCAUCAAGUUGAGUAUUGGGAACAUCACAACCAAGAAAGGAGGUGCUUCUAGGCCCAAGACUACAGCGGCUGGGGGCCUAAGCUUACUCCCACCCCCGCCUGGAGGCAGAGUCACAAUUCCCCCACCGUCCUCCUCAGUUGCCAUCAGCAAUCAUGUCACUCCACCGCCCGUACCAAAAUCCAGUCAUGGAGGUACUGAUGCAGAUAUCCUUUUAGAUUUGGAUUCUCCUGCUCCUGUAACAACACCAGCACCAGCUCCAGUUUCUGCAAGCAAUGACUUGUGGGGUGACUUUAGCACUGCAUCCAGCUCUGUUCCAAACCAGGCACCACAGCCAUCCAACUGGGUCCAGUUCUGAGGAGCACGGCAGGAUGUUAAGGACAGACUUGAAAAAUCAAAAUGACUUGAGGGCACCAAUCUGUGAGGGGAGCUCGGAACCCCUUCCCUCCCCAGAACCAAAAUUACUGAACGGUUGUUUUCAUAGCUUCUCCAUUGCGUUCAGGCUGGUGUGUCACUCCCCGGUGGUGUUCCUUGCUGUACAGCCAAGAAAGUAUUCUUAUCUCCUGUUCACUGUCAGGGCAGGGGAAUAGUGAGUCUUAUGAUACUUGUGGCUAUUGCAGGGCUCUAAAGGCCAGGGUCUCUUUGGUGGGGAAAUAACCUCCAACAUCUGUAAAAUUUUCUCCAUCUUUAAAUUCUUUAACUUCUUUCAGAAUCAUCUCAUGACCCUUGUGUGCCUCUUUGUGAAGCUCUGUUUAGCAAUUUCAGGGGAGACAAAACCCUCAGAACUUCCUUUUCCAUUAACUGAAGACUCUAAAAAUGGACAGACUGAUCACAGUGUUUACAGAUUCAGAAUUUUGAUAGGCGUAGGUGUGAAGAAAGACCUGUUUCCUGGGUCUCUGCUAUAUAUCCUCCCUCAGGCUUGUCUUAUUCAGUGAACAUCCAGUGCUGGGUGCAGCCCCCUGACCCUGUAGUGCGUUUGCAUGUGUCCUCCUGUGGCAAGAGGGUUGUGUUGGUGGCGCCCCACUCUCCUUUCGUUGACAGUGCAGCAUCUCUGAUCAGCGGGUGUCUCUUGGGUGAAGGAGGUUCAAGGGACUAUGUUUCCCUACUUAUUUUCUAGAGAAGCAGUUACUUUCUUGCAGCUCCAUCUAGUUGCUGCAUUUGAAGCACAGCGUUACUUUGUAAUGGCCCCAUUAUUUGUCCUAAAGUUAAAGGGUUUAGAGUUUUUAACCUAAUUUGUAGACCAGAGAGGUUGAAAGCACUUAACUCUUGUUCAGUACCCACAUUGCCUUGCUGCCUGGGUAUCUGGCUCCUUUUCAUACACAGUUAUUUUUUCAGUCCACCAGCUCUUCAACAGAAAGCUGCUAUUACAUGUACCAUCGUUUAUGAAGCAAGCUGGAGAGCCAUGACUUUAGCUGUGGUAGGUUUUGCCCAAACGCCGGCUGCAAUACCCAUCACCAGGAGUAUCUCAGAAGCAAGUUGCCCCCCACCACUUCCCCUCUCUCUGCCCACCAUUCCUUUUACAAUGCUGUGAAGGGGUCCCGCUCUUAGAUGAACUGGCACCAGCUAUUUUGUCUGCUAAGGGGCAAUUCUGAGAGUGAAACGGGAGGAUCUCACUUCUUCCCUUAGCACCUAUUUGGAUGGUACCGUCUGGCUGAAGGGAGUCCUUAUAUAUAGUUUCAAAAUAGAUUCUCUCUCUUGGAUUUCCUUCUUGACUCUUUUUAACUUUGGGUCCAUUUUUUUUUUUUUUUUUCAUUGCUUCCCGUUCCAGGCAGCUCUAUUCUUGCAGAGCCAUGACAGGACAUUUAAAAAUUCCAAUAGAAAACACUAAAAAGAAAGCCUAUAGAAUCACUAGUGACUAACUGCUGGGAGCCUAUUUUCUCAAUCUUCCUCUAUGUUGUGUUCUUUGUAUUCUCAAGAUGAUAAUAUAUUAUGUAUUUGAAUUGCUGAAGAAUUGAAAAUGAAGUUUCAGAUAUAUGUAUAUAGAGCAUAUGUAUGCUGUAUUGGUGCAAUAAUGGUAAUUAAAAAUACGGAAAGAGGUAGUGUCUCUUUUAUCUUUC